AGCCGUUCUGAUAAGAAGCCGGUCGAAGAAGAAGAAGAAGAACGAAUCUAAUUGGAUGAUAAAUGGACGUUAAAUUUUAAUUAUAAACCAGUUAAUCUAAAACUCGAUUCCCGAUGAGGUGGUUUUGGGUUCUGCUGCUGAGCUAUCUCCAGCUCCUGGUGUCCGCCACCGAAGAUGGGUUUUUGCCGACCCCCGAUCUGGAUGAAUUCAAGGAAUACCCUUUGUUUGAGUAUGACGACGUUGAAAGACCCAAACCCACCCAAGGAUUAUUGUAUCCCAUUGAAUCGGAGACACGCCAGUUGCGCAGUCUGGACGGAAUGUGGCGGCUGGUGAGGAGUGACCCGGCUGAUCCCCUCCAGGGAAUCAGGGAGAACUGGUUUGUGGAUGCCCUGAGAAAGACCGGAAGGGAGAUUAUUCCCAUGCCAGUGCCCGCCUCAUACAAUGACAUCACCACGGACAACCUGCGGGACCACGUUGGCACCGUCUGGUACGAGCGGACCUUCUUCGUGCCCCGCUCCUGGGAGGGGAACCAACGCACCUGGCUGCGCUUCAGUAGCGUCCACUACUCGGCUGUGGUUUGGAUCAACGGCAGGAACGCCACCAGCCACUCCCUCGGCCACCUUCCUUUCGAGGAGGAGAUCUCGGCCUUGAUCAGUUUUGGCGGGGAGAACAGGAUCACCGUGAUGUGCGACAAUCGCUUGAGCAAUCGCACCGUUCCCCAGGGAUCGGUACACGAGACGGCCACGGAUGACGGCAAUGUGCCCGUCCAGAGCUACUCCUUCGAUUUCUUCAACUACGCGGGAAUCCACAGAAGUGUUCACUUGUACACAACGCCUCUGCUCCACAUCAGCGACGUGGAGGUGACCACGCAACUAAGUGCCGAGGGAAUGGGCCGCAUUGAUUACCGCCUGUGGCUGGAUGGCAGCCAGGAUGGUCUCCGCAUCCAGCCUAGCCAUCUUCUGGUGCAACUGAGGGACCGCGAUGGCCAGGUGGCCGCCCAGCAGAUCAACAAGGCGGUCUAUCAUGGCACGCUGCUGGUGCCCGAGGCCAGUCCCUGGUGGCCCUACCUGAUGCACCCUGAUCCCGGUUACCUCUACGACCUCCAGUUUGAGCUCUUUGUGGCCGGCCAAGAGGAGGGGGCGUCGGAUGCUCUGCUGGACGUCUACCGCCUACCAGUGGGCAUUCGCAGCCUAAGUUGGAGCAACGACAGCCUGCUGCUCAAUGGGAAACCCCUCUACCUGCGGGGAUUUGGACGACACGAGGACUCCGAUAUACGGGGCAAGGGAUUGGACAACGCCCUCCUCGCCCGCGACUUCAAUCUGCUCAAGUGGAUUGGAGCCAACGCCUACCGCACUUCGCACUAUCCCUACUCCGAGGAGUCCAUGCAGUUCGCCGACCAGCAUGGGAUUAUGAUCAUUGACGAGUGUUCUGCUGUGAACAUCGACAUCUUUGAGCCGCAGCUGCUUGAGCAGCACAUGUCCUCGCUGGAGCAACUGAUCCACAGGGACAGGAACCACCCCAGCGUGGUGGCCUGGUCGGUGGCCAAUGAGCCGAGAUCCACCAAGCAGGGGGCCCUGAAAUACUUCGAAUCCCUGGUGAACUACACCAGAAGCAUUGCCCACGGACGACCUCUGACGGCGGCUAUCAAUGCAAGUCCCUCCACAUGCCACUUGACCCAGUUUCUGGACAUCGUGGGCUUCAAUCGCUAUAACUCCUGGUACCAGAACUCGGGACGCACCGACAUGAUUGUUAAUCUGCUGACGACUGAGGCCCAGAGUUGGAGGGAUACGUUCAUGAAGCCAGUCAUCCAGUUCGAGUACGGAGGCGACACCAUGGAGGGCAUGCAUUCGCUUCCCGCCUUCAUUUGGUCUGAGGAAUACCAGGUGGAGCUCUUCUCGCGGCACUUUAAGGCUUUCGACGUGCUUCGUGAGCGGAAGUGGUUCAUUGGCGAGUUCGUAUGGAACUUUGCCGAUUUCCGGACUGCUCAGACUAUUACCCGCGUGGGUGGAAACAAGAAGGGUGUCUUUACCAGGAGCCGCCAGCCCAAAGAAGUGGCCCACAUCCUCAGGUGGCGGUACUUCGCAUUGGCCAAGGAGUUGGAUCAGUGCCAGCUACCGGAGGACCUCAACGUGUACAUCUCCAAGCAUAUCCAUAACGAGCUUUAGAUCAGGGAACUCUAUGUAUAACAGAUACGCACAAAAUGAGCUUUAAACAUUUGCAUUUUUAAUGUAUCUUGCCAUGAGAUGCGAAAUGUCUUCGUGCAAUAUAGGCCUUACUAUUUUUCUAAAAGUCCUGAGAUUUAUUAUGAAAUAUAUUAUAAUCAUUAAA